UCGCCCAAUCAGGGGAGUUCUUCUUCGCUGGUCGAACGGUGGUGGAUGGCACUAAUAUAAGCAAAAGCUAAAGAGAAAGUGGAGGAAAUUGUGAAGAACUUAACAGAAGGCAAUGAGUUCAAUUGGCACCGGGUAUGAUUUGUCCGCCUCUACCUUCUCUCCAGAUGGCCGCGUUUUCCAAGUCGAGUAUGCCAUGAAAGCGGUGGAGAACAGCAGCACAGCCAUCGGCAUCAGGUGCAAAGAUGGGAUCGUAUUUGGUGUCGAGAAGUUAGUGCUGUCCAAAUUGUACGAGGAGGGCUCAAACAAGCGCAUCUUCAACAUCGACAGACACGUGGGGAUGGCGGUUGCAGGCCUUUUGGCAGAUGCGAGGUCGCUUGCUGAAAUUGCAAGAGAAGAAGCGUCAAACUUCAGAUCCAACUAUGGCCAUGACAUUCCACUGAAGCACCUGUCGGACCGCGUGGCGAUGUACGUUCACGCAUACACGUUGUACAGCGCCGUGAGGCCAUUUGGCUGCAGCUUUAUGUUGGGUUCGUAUGACGAAGAUGAUGGGGCACAGCUGUAUAUGGUGGACCCGUCAGGAGUUUCUUACGGCUACUGGGGUUGUGCAAUCGGGAAGGCUAAACAAGCAGCAAAGACAGAGAUCGAAAAAUUACAGAUGAAAGACAUGACGUGCAGAGAGCUGGUAAGAGAAGUGGCCAAAAUCAUUUAUAUUGUGCACGAUGAAGUCAAAGACAAAGCCUUUGAACUGGAGCUCAGCUGGGUGGGUGAAGUUACAAAUGGAAGACACGAGUUUGUGCCCAGAGACAUCAAAGAAGAAGCAGAAAAAUAUGCUAAAGAAUCUCUAGAAGAGGAGGACGAAUCUGAUGAGGACAACAUGUAGAGCCCCAGCAUUUAGGACAUGUAUUUACAAAUAUCUUGCACCCCACAAAAAACAAAUUUUGCAAUAAAAUGUGACCAUAGUCA